UGCCUGGUUUUGCCAUCUUUCCCCAGAGUUGUCCAGAGUUUGAAGAGGAAAAGACUCACCUUUUCAAGUCUCCGUUACUUUAAAGUCCCCGCGGAUUUAGGGUUCCGUUACCCCCUCCACGACCCGCCCGUGAAACUCCCUAGCCCACCCGGCCUGACCAUGGUGAUGUUCAAGAAGAUCAAGUCCUUCGAGGUGGUCUUCACCGACCCCGACAAGGUGUACUGCAGCGGCGAAAAGGUGGCCGGCCGCGUGGUGGUGGAGGUGUGCGAGGUGACGCGGGUCAAGGCCGUGCGGGUGCUGGCCUGCGGGGUGGCCAAGGUGCUGUGGAUGCAGGGCUCCCAGCAGUGCAAGCAGACCCUGGAGUACCUGCGCUACGAGGACACGCUGCUGCUGGAGGACCAGCCCACAGGUGAGAACGAGAUGGUUAUCAUGAGACCUGGAAACAAAUACGAGUACAAGUUUGGCUUUGAGCUUCCUCAGGGGCCUCUGGGAACAUCCUUCAAAGGAAAAUACGGGCGUGUGGACUACUGGGUGAAGGCUUUUCUGGACCGCCCCAGCCAGCCCACGCAAGAGACAAAGAAAGACUUUGAAGUGAUGGAUCUGGUGGAUAUCAACACCCCCGAUCUGAUGGCGCCGGUGUCUGCCAAAAAGGAGAAGAAGGUUUCCUGCAUGUUCAUUCCCGAUGGGCAGGUGUCCGUCUCCGCCCGGAUUGACAGGAAAGGAUUUUGUGAAGGUGACGAGAUUUCCAUCCACGCUGACUUUGAAAACACGUGUUCUCGCAUCGUGGUUCCCAAAGCCGCCAUCGUAGCCCGCCACACGUACCUGGCCAACGGCCAGACCAAGGUGCUGACGCAGAAGCUGUCCUCCGUCCGGGGCAACCACAUCAUCUCAGGGACCUGUGCGUCCUGGCGCGGCAAGAGCCUCCGCGUGCAGAAGAUCAGGCCCUCCAUCCUGGGCUGCAACAUCCUCCGAGUUGAAUAUUUCCUGCUGAUCUACGUGAGCGUCCCGGGCUCCAAGAAGGUCAUCCUGGACCUGCCCCUCGUGAUCGGCAGCCGGUCCGGUCUGAGCAGCCGCACGUCCAGCAUGGCCAGCCGGGCCAGCUCCGAGAUGAGUUGGGUGGAUCUGAACAUCCCGGACACCCGAGAAGCUCCUCCUUGCUAUAUGGAUAUCAUUCCUGAAGAUCACAGGCUGGAGAGCCCCACCACUCCCCUGCUGGACGACACAGACGGCUCUCAGGACAGCCCUAUUUUCAUGUAUGCGCCCGAGUUCAAGUUCAUCCCACCACCGACCUACACUGAGGUGGAUCCCUGCAUCCUCAACAACAAUGUGCAGUGAGCGUGCGGGAGAGAAGCAGCAGCUGCAUCUACUUGUCUCUUUCCGCCUCUUCCUGGACUCUGACUUUUCCAGAGGCUCAGCGGUCUCUGCAGUGGGGCUUGGUCCACCCCAGCCUCUGACUCCUCAGCGGAGGAGGUGACCAGCGGGCAGUCUCCCGGGCCUUGAGGGAUGCGCUCUCGUCCUCAGCCAGCCAAGAUGAUGUGAUACCGGGGUGUUCGCUAUAGAUGGGUAUAAAAACCUAGGCCCAUCCCAUUUUCUGAGAUCGCCUUGAACAUGGAGGCAUAUUCAGACGUUUUGAAUGGCCUCCUGGCAUGGUCUUCCCAAGGUUUUUUGCAGGGGAAUAUACAUAUAGAUGGAUCGUUAUAAUGAUACCAGAUCAUGUGGCGCAGAAUCCAUUGUAGCAAACUGGGAAAACGGAAAGGGGGAAGAAGUCAUCUUUAAAACUUGGGGGAAAAGGAGGUCCUUAAAAUCAUCCUUGCCCUUUGUAAAUGUAUAGAAAAAAAAAAUGAACACUGUCCAGGCUGAUUGGGCCUGGACUUUGGAGAGCUGUGUGACCUAAGGGAAGAAGCUCUGAGGCGUCUUGGCUUAGACUGUACUGCAGCCUGACGUUCAGCAUUCAUAGUCCUUUAAGCCAUGUGUAGAGCCUGUUGCACCGUGUUCUGUUGCAGACGUCUUUAUGUGGGAGAACGUGUUUUCCUUUUCAUGCGACUCCUCGGAAUGGAUUCCGAGGUGAUGUUUUUAGCACUUUAGUUCCUGUCAUUUUAUUUUUUUCUAGCUCAAAACGUAAGCUAAAACUGGUCUAUGUGUCUAGAGAUAAGCACAAGGACAGAUAAGUUACUGUGGAGACUUUGUCCCGGUGGACAGAGUCCUGGGAUUCGGACACUCCACCUGUAUGUAUGGGAGGAGCUGCCGCCACCAGCCCUGCCCACGGUGACCUCCGCCCCGAGGAGAAGCGAGGUCAGGGUGCCAGCCCUGGUCAGAGCUGCCACACGUCGCCCUGAGAAACCAGAGGGCAGGUCUCCCCCAGGCCCCGGGCUCCCCUCGCUCCGGUGUUGGGGGGCGGGGGUGUGGACAGCCCCUCUCGCUGCAGCCUUUAGCACUUUGUCCCCCCUCCUGUGUCAGAGCACUGAGCUCCGCCCUUUUCCGAGCGAGUAUGUGGACUGAAGGUGGUUUAAUGUUUUUUUAAUUGUGUAUCUUUUGUAUGAUUGAAAAAACUAUAUUUUGUACUUAACCAGAUAUAUUUUCACCCCCAGUAGGGGAUAUUCUUUAUAAAAAAUAAAGUUUUUUAAUGGCAAAAA